AGACAACGUUCUGCCGCCGCAAGAUUCUGGCUCGUUCGCGCUCGCACUGCCCAAAUUUGAAAUCAGUGAUCUCGCCAGUCUGCAGUGAAAUUCCUGCAGUCCGCCGAUCAUCUGCAUCUUCCAUCCAAAUCAGGACAAUAUUCUGCAGUUCUCUUUGUUUUUGUUGUGUGUUCAUUGGGAAAAGGCCACGGAUUAUGCGAAUUUAACACGUGAUGCACGUUAACUGUUCGCUUUAUCGCCGUUGAUCGACGGUCGACCUACUUUGUGGUUGCGCAAUCUGUACACAACGCGAGGAACCCAGUUGGAACUCAUCGCCCCAGUCGAUUAAUCGUAUUUACUGAUUGUUGUGCGAGUUGUGGAAUUUGCAUCCUUUUGCAAUAUUUUUAACUGUGUUUCUGCUGGAUUAAUAAUGGCACUGAUGGGUCGGGUGCUUAAUGUUGGACGGUUUGGAUGGUUUGCGCUCCGCUCAAAUAAGGGAGAGAGUCUAGCCCGCCGGCAGAGUAUCGCCGCCGACGGCGACCUGCUGAUCCCCUCCGGUCUAUUAUUGGCGCUGGCCGGUGUCGGUCUGUGUACCUUCUCCUGCCACCAGAUGAGCUCUACCAGCACCAGCCGGAGUUUCCCUUACGGGAAAUGAACGUUUCUGUGUAUUCCCAAAAUACACUGGGUCCGCAGUAAACGAGCGGGAUUCGCUGUACAUUGCGCUGCUUCAGCUGGAACUAGCCAAUACCAAAGUGGGCAUCUGCUGCUUUUUCUUGUGAUAUGAUGAUGCCGUGGCCUUGAGACGAAAUGCGUGCGUGUGUAUGUCGUGUGAUUAUUUAUUUUAAUCCCUCGAUUUCUGCUGAUUUAUUGAAUGUUCCUUGAUAUGUGUCAGAUGGAUGCGCUGACCGGCGCGGUUUUUGUCGGCCGUCGAUGUAUCUGAAUAAGGGAAUGUUCAGAAUAAAAUCUCUAUUGAUUUAAAUA